AUGGAGUUUUACAUGAAAGAGGGGGAGCCAUACCUCCGCACUGCACAUGGAAUGCUCAUCUGCUUGUGGGAUGGGACAGUGCAUUACCUGCUCUACUUGUUUAUGCUGGCAGCAAUCGCUCGUGGGACAAACUACAAAACUGUUGGUCUUUUUUGGUUGGGCUCUCUGCUCAUGAGCAUGCUGGUGUUUCUGCCGGGAAAUGUAAUUGGAAAAUAUGGCACUGAAAUCCGUCCUGCCUUCAUUCUUAAUGUUCCAUAUCUGUUUCUGCCUGUAUGGGCUGGAAUAAGGAUAUUCAGAGCCAGUCAUGCUUUUCCAAAGUUCUCUACUGAAAAGGUGGUGGCUGCACAGAGUAAAGGAAUCUUUCAGCGACCUGUAGAUAUUACUGUUAUUCUGUAUCUACUGGCUGCCAUUGUAUUCACUCUCUUCAGGGGCCUGCUGGUGUUAGAUUGCCCUACGGACUCUUGUUUCAAUUACAUCUACCAGUAUGAGCCAUACCUUAGGGACCCAUCUGCCUAUUCUAAGGUCCAGAUGUUGGUCAAUAUGUUCUACCUACUUCCAUUUCUAUGUGUGUCCAUCUAUGGUCUUCUAAUUCCUGGCUGCUCAUGGAUGCUGGAUUGGACACCUGUGUUUGCUGGUGCAGUAGCACAGGCCCAGUUUGCUCACAUGGGAUCUUCAGUAUACCAUAGAACACCAUAUACUUAUCGUGUCCCUCAAGAAUCUUGGUGGGAAUUUCUGAUUCUUAAUGCCAUCUACACUUUGGGAAUGCAGAUUUUGGCCUACCGUUGUCUCCGGAAUCCAGCUUUCUUCAUAAAGGGAACAACAGAGACUGUAGAGGAAGGCAAGAAACAGAACUGA